AUGAAGGCCAAUCGUCUUAUCGCGGCCUCGCUGCUCCCGGCGGCGGCCGUGGCGGCCACCGUCUUCGUCCCGCCCGACGGAUACAAGGUCCGGUGGGAGUCGUCGGAGCUCGUCGACAAGAGCCGCGUCGAUCCGUGGAACUCGACGCACGCGCGGCGCAUCAUGAUCUCGCGCUUCACGCCCGCGCCCCGCUGCCGCAAGACGUGCCGCGUGCCCUACAUGCCGGCGGCCGUGGCGGCCAUCGAGGACGAAAUCAUCAACGCCUACCUCGGCGGCGUGGGCUGGCCCAAGAACAUACUCUCCACGCUCGAGCUCGAGCUGUGCUGCGACAAGUGCGACAAGGGUGGCGCCGGCAGCGGCGGCGGCAGCGGCAGCAGCAGCAACAGGUUCCCCAGGAUCCUCCUCGGGUCGGGCGUCAACACGACGCGCCUCUUCUACUCGGCGACGGCGCAGCACCUCGCCAGCAGGGGCUACGAGGUCAUCGUCAUGGACCACCCGUACGAGACGGACGUGGUGCAGUUCCCCAACGGCGACAUCGUCUUUGGCGGGCGCGUGGGCCGCGACUUCAACGACACGGCCAACCUCGUCAAGGGCCUCGACGCGCGCACGCGGGACCUGGCCUUUGUCCUGGACCGGCUCGGCAUCCGCAAGACGACGUACCUCGGCCACUCGUUUGGGGGCGCGACCGCCGCCCACGCCCUCGUGCGGGAGCCGCGCCUGGCGAGCGGCGUCAACAUCGACGGCGAGUUCUGGGGGCCCGUCACGGCGACGGGCGUGCCGCGCGCCAUCCUCGUCGUCGGCGCCGAGGGCCACAACGCCACCAUGACGCCGGGCUGGACCGGCUUCUUCAAGGCCAUGGACGCGCAGCACCCGCGCGUCUUCUCCAAGCUGCUCAACGUGCGCGACACGGUGCACAACAGCUUCUGGGACAUGUCGCUCGUGGGCGACAUUGCCGGGCUGCGGAACAACGAGGCGCUGCUGCCCUUUCUCGGCAAGGCGACGGGCGCGCGCGUCAUGGAGGUGCUCAAGGGGUACCUGCUCGACUUUGUCGCCUUUACGCUUCUGGGCGAGGACGAGGGCCUGCUCGAGGGGCCGAGCCCGCGGUUCCCAGACGUGACAUUUGAGAGGGGCUAG